AUGCGAAAUAGUCAGAAUACACUGUCCACCUAUAACUCUAAUGGCCCAACCUACAGGGACACAUAAGAUAUUGCAGAUACUAAUUCAGCAUUAGUAGAUAAGCCAGUAAAAUAAUGGAUAGUAUAGAGUAAUGAUUUAGACAAAUAGUUGAUAAGAAAAAGUCAAGAUAAGAAAGUAAAAUAAUAUAAUGACAAAAAAUCUUUCUCAGGUAUGAGAGAAACUUAAAAUUUCAAUGCUAAUAGCACAAAGGCUAAGAAAAAUUAGAUAUUAAACUUUGAGGAUUAGAUGCCCUAAAAUGAAGAAAUUGAUUUUGAAAAUGUUAUGGAUAAUAUUUUAGAGGAAUUUGAAGGUCUUCCAGUAACAGAAGGUUCAAGUCCAAGAGCUAGGAGUGAGUAAGAAAAUUUUUAAUUCAACAAGGAGCCUUAGAGGAGACUACCUAGUAUCAUGCUUGACGGAUAAUUAUACAAAAAUGGAAAUAACCCAACAAUAUCAGAGAAGAUAAAUGAACAGUCAUCCAUUACAUAUUCAAAAGUCAGCAAUCUGUACUCAAAUAAUGAGAAACCCAGACAGUUUGGUACAUUUGGGUCGAAUGGCCUAACGAAUCUCAAUGAGAAAGCUCAAAUCGAUAUAAUAAGAAGACCAAAUCCAAGAGAUGUUUAAAAACUUAUGACUAUAAAGGAUCCAGCUGAAGAAGAAGAUGCAGAAUUUAGAGAAGACGGAGUAAUAACGCUUUUUUCACUUUAGUAUACAUCUGGCGAAGAUGAAAUGGAAGAAGGAAUAGAUUUUAAAUCAAUGAAAAAGUUUCGAUAAUUGCGAAGGGCUAAGCAUCUAUGGCAUAGGGCAAUAAAAAAAGCAAUUGGAGCUGUAAAAAUAAUUUAUACAUUCAGAGAACUAAAUAUGGAUCUUUAUCUAUAUGGCUCUAAUAAGAAACAUGAAUUCAGCUUUAAAGAGAGAAAGCCCUAUCCAUUUAUUGUGAUGCCAAAUACUAAAAUUUCGAACGUUUGGAAUAUUGUAAUGAUGUUCCUAAUGCUAUAUACUGCAACAUAUAUUCCUUAUAAAACUUCCUUCAUUGACGAAACAUCUACACUUGUCAAUAACAUAGAACUUGCAAUAGAUUCAUUAUUUAUGUGGGAUUUGAUUAUGAACUUUAUUAGUGCUUAUGAAGAUUCAGACAAGAAUAUAGAAUUCAGAUUUAACAUCAUUGCGUUCUAACUUCCAAGACUUUACAAAUUACUAAGAAUCCUAAGAUUAAUGAAGAUGUUCAGAUUGUUGAAGUACAAUAGGAAUGUAAAGAAAAUGAUGGAGAAACUUAGAAUAAAUCCUGGGUAUCUAAAACUUAUUAAAGUGUCUGCUACUGUUUUGCUGCUAGUUCAUUUAGUAUCUUGCUUCUAUUUUAUGGUUGCUAAAUUUUAAGACUUUGAUCCAAAUUGCUGGGUAGUAUAUCAUAAUUUAAUUGACAAAGAAGCCUUUGAGUAAUACAUUACUGCUAUGUAUUGGGCAUUUUAAACCUUAACAACUGUUGGUUACGGAGAUGUUACUGGCAAUACUAGUGGGGAAAGAAUAUUUGCAUUUGUAUGGAUGGUAUUUGGAGUUGCUUUUUAUUCCUUCACUAUUGGAAAUCUUUAAUCAAUCAUAAGUACGAUUGAUAUCAAGGCAGUAAAUCUUUAACAAAAGUUAAGAGUACUUAAUAACUUCGCCAAAAGAACAAAGCUGCCAGAAGAGUUAACUUUAAAAAUUAAAAGAUUUGUUGAAAACAACAAUGAAAAUGACAUAUCAAUACAUGAGUACAAAUACUUAUUGGGCUAAUUACCAUAAUCUCUAAGAGCUGAUGUAAUUUAAUAAUCUUUUGGAAAUAUCAUUAGGAAGAUAGUAUUUUUACAAGACAAAAAUUCUGAUUUUCUAUGGUUCUUUCUUCCAGCACUGAGACCUAUGAAAGUAUACUCAAAAGAUAUUUUGUAUAAUCAAGGAGAUCAUCCAGAGGAAGUAUUUUUUAUUUAGCAAGGUAGGGUAAAAUUGUGCUAUAAUGUUUCAGAAGAUGAUGAUUUUCCCUUUAAUAUUCCUUUUAAUAUGUAUGUUUAAGGUUCUUACUUUGGUGAUCUUGAGAUACUUGUGAGAAUUUAUAGAGAAAUAGGUAGAGAUAGCACCGCUAUCGUUGAUAGUGAGUGUCAUUUAUUUGUAAUAGGCUCAAAAGAAUUAAGAUAGAUACUUAAAAUGUUUCAAGAUAUUGCAAUAUAAAUGAAAAAGACUGCGAAAAAGAGGGGACUUCAUCACCAAGAGAUGAUUAAGAUGGCGAAACUUAAGGCGAAUGAGAAAAAAUAUAUUGCCAAAAGAGCGAAGGCUGAAAAAUUAUUUAUGCAAGCUAAUGCUAUUCUAAAUAAAUUAAAGCCAUUAAGAAAGAAAACAAAAGGCUAAGAAAUAUUAUAAAGAGCUAAAGCAAGUAAAAAGUAACUGCAAAGGAUCCAUAGAACUCAAAUGUAAUAGAUGGAAUCAGAAGAAUCAUAGAUGUCUAUAAUUAAAGAAGAAUCAAGAAAUGAAUCAUCACUUUAUUCUAAUGAAACAGACCUAUAAAAAAAGAUUGAAGAGGAGGCUAGAUUAGCUUAAGAAGAAGAAAUAAGGAGAAGAGAGCUUGAAUUAAAGAAAAGGAGGUUAACUUAUCUAAGACAACAAAGUAAUACAUUACCUACAGUUAAACAAUCUGAUCUAUCAGAAGCAGCCGCAAAAGGUGAUGGCGGACUAUUCAUCUAAAUACCUAAAAGAAGAUUUUCAAAGAUGACUACCUCCGCAGGUUUAAGACCUGUAAGAAAAUCUUUAAUUGAAGAGGAAGAGGAAAUUAAAAUUAAUGAUGCUGAUUCUGAUGAAAAACCAUCUGUAUCUGAGCCUUCAUAAUCUUCAUCAAGCUAAUAUUCUUCUUCCUCAAAAUCAUCCACUAAAGAUAAGACAGGGAAAACAAGAUAAAGUGAUAAAACACCAACCUAAUUUGGGUCGACUAAAUAGUUCCUUGAAGAUAAGCUAAUUAAAAUAUAACUUGGAGUCAAUUGUUCAGGAUCAUAAGGCUAAACUCCAAUCAGUACUACGAGAGCAAACGUGAACGGCCGAUCUGGCAAAAAUGGAGGGAGAAAAUAGUAUUAAGCUCCUUAAGUAUAGCAUAUAAGUCUUAUUAGUGAAAAAGCAAAUCCUGUUAAGUAGGAUUAGGAUAAAUAUGAUAAUAAAAAUUCGAUGAGAUUAUUCUAGGAUACUGCAAGUUAUCUAGCUCUAAAUGCUUUUGAAAUGGAUAACAUAAAUUUAAAUAUUGUGAAAGACUUUAUCUAUAGAGAUGAAGUUGUUGAAUUAAUGUCGAAGCAAGAAGACUAAAUAUGCAAUAGUCUUGAUAAAAUGGAGAAUCUUCUAGAUAAAAUUAUGCAAUCAAUUUGA